AUGGAAACCACCCCACCUGGCCAUAUUAAAAUCAAUAUUGAUGGUGCUUGGAUUAAAGAGACAAAAUUCACUGAUGUUUGUGCUCUAGCUAGAGACUGCAAUGGUUCUAUGAUCGAUGGUUCUACUCGUCUUUGUGUUUCUGGCUCCUCUCUUGAGGCUGAAGCUAGAGCUUCUUUGGAAGCAGUAGAGCUAUCUGAACGCAUCCCACAUGUUCCUAUCCUCCUUGAAUCUGAUUCAAAAUAUUUAGUGGACUCCAUCAACAACAUUUCAAGCAAUUGUCAUUGGAGGAUUGCUCCAAUUAUCUCAAAAAUCAAGAACGAUAUUACCUUGUUGCAUCGGUCUACUUGGUUUUGGGUCCCAAGAGAAGCGAAUCCAGCUGCCGAUUUGGUGGCCUUGUUAGUUGUGCAGAAGAAGUGCUCGGACGUCUGGAUUGAUCGUCCUCCUUCUUCCCUGGUCUUUGUUCUAUCCCGUGAUGGUUUGCCUUACCCACUGCCUCCCAACCCAAAUUGCGGACCCUCUUGA